UGGUGGCCAGGUUUCUAAGUGCUGGGGACGGGCUGGAGGGUGGAGGGACUCUUGUCCUCAUGGACACCUUAUCAGCAAGUGCCAGACAAGAACAAGCCUUGAGUGAGCCCUGUUAUCAGCCGCAGAGUCCACAGGACACUUGGGUUAAUGUGUAACCACAAGGCUUCCCCUCUGCCCUCUGAAGCCACUUGUUCCUAAAGAGAAGUGACUCAACAUGGAUGCUAGAAAAGAGGGGCUGCCCUUGGAGACACUGUUUUCAGACCAAUACCCACAGGUCCGAAGGUGGCUGGUCCCCUUCAUCCUCGCCUGCUCCCUCUACUUCCUCCUCUGGAUUCCUGUGGACCAGCCAUCUUGGGUCAGUGCCCUGAUCAAGUGCCAGCCUAUUCUCUGCCUGGUUGUGUUCCUGUGGGCUGUGGCCCCUGGUGGGAGCUACACCUGGCUCCUGCAGGGAGCUCUUGUGUGUUCUUCUGUGGGAGAUGCCUGCCUCAUCUGGCCUGAAGCUUUCUUUUAUGGCAUGGCAGCCUUCUCUGUUGCCCACUUACUCUACCUCUGGGGUUUUGGCCUGUCCCCACUGCAGCCCGGAUUGCUGCUGUGCACCACCUUGGCCUCUCUGACAUACUACAGCUUCCUCCUGCUACAUCUUGAGCCGGACAUGGUCUUGCCAGUGUCAGCCUAUGGGCUGAUCUUGAACUCCAUGGUAUGGCGUGGCCUUGUCUGUGGUGGAAGUGCUGGCUGGGGCGCAGUGCUCUUUUUAUUCUCAGAUGGUGUGCUGGCCUGGGACACGUUCGUCUCCUCUUUGCCUUUUGCCCGUCUAGUGACCAUGAGCACCUACUAUGCAGCCCAGCUCCUCCUCACCCUGUCAGCCCUCAGGAACCCAGGGCUCAAAACCCACUAAUGCAGGACCCAGACAGCCUGCUAUCCCCUCCCAUAAGGACCUUGGCUUUCCACACUGACCCAGCCUGGCAAGUGAAUGUUUCCAGUCAUAUGCCGACAGAUAUGUGGCCAUCUUAAACAUCUGUAUACUGUUGGCAGAAUUUCAAAUCUGCCACUGAUUUCAAGCUGCCUUCCCUGGCUUCUGAUUUUAGAUUCCAGGACCCUCAACCCAACCCGUCUUCCCCUCGCCAUGCCCACCCACUUCCUCUUCCCAGUCAGCCUUUCCUAUCCACUUGCCUCUUCACACUGCUCCAAAUCUAGUUCUAGCUGUUUAAGUAAAGCCAGUGUUGGAACAUCA